AUGGAGGUCCAGUCUCCACUUCCUAGCUGUCGAGAGAUUAUCGUUGGAGAAACUGCAGUGUUUUGUCUACAGCUGGCUACAAAGGACUUUGAAAACCAAGAAAAAACAAUAUUAACUGGAGACUGUUGUUAUAUAAAUCCACUAGUUCGCAGAACCAUCAGAUUUCUUGGAAUUUAUGCGUUUGGACUAUUUGCUACAGACAUCUUUGUAAAUGCUGGACAAGUAGUAACAGGGAAUCUUGCACCACAUUUUCUUGCACUUUGUAAACCCAACUAUACAGCACUUGGAUGUAAACAGUACACGCAGUUCAUCAGUAGCGUCCAUGCCUGCACUGGAAACCCAGAUCUUAUCCUGAAAGCCAGAAAGACAUUCCCAUCCAAAGAAGCAGCUCUAAGCGUAUAUGCAGCUAUGUAUCUGGCUAUGUAUAUCACCAGCACUGUAAAAGCCAGAGGAACGAGGCUUGCAAAACCUGUUCUGUGUUUGAGCUUAAUGUGCUUGGCUUUCCUUACUGGAAUCAACAGAGUAGCAGAAUAUCGAAAUCACUGGUCAGAUGUGAUAGCAGGUUUUCUAAUUGGAAUAUCUAUAGCCGUGUUUUUGGUUGUUUGUGUGGUAAAUAACUUCAGAGGACGUCAACCAGAGCAUGAACAUUCUCAUAUGGAUAAUCUGGCCAAGAUGCCAAUGAUCAGCAUCCCCAGAGUAGAAAGCCCUUUAGAAAAGAACCACAUCACGGCCUUUGCAGAAGUCACAUGAUAUUGACGCUGAUGUUUAUUCACUCCAUUGGACUUCAUCUCUUUUCACAGCCCACUCAUGAUAAUUGCAGUGUAUAAAAAAAAAAAAAAGAAAUUUUAAAAAGUCCUAUUUCUGACUUGAUUUUUACAUGAUUAAAUUAUAUCAACAUUUUGAAAAAUUCUUAUAUAUUAAAACGUUACUGUUUACUUUUUGGUGGAAUGGGACAAACUGAGCACUAAUACCAUUUAUCUGAUAAUACCCUUUAUUUUGGCUUCUCAUUGUAUUAAAUGGUUCAUGUACUUAUUCCAGCAGUACUUCAUAUUUUGAUUUGAAUUUGAUUUUUUUAAUUUGCAUUUUUAAUUCAGCAUGAACAUGUUUCCAUUUAAAGCAGUUUCAGUGUAUAAAAACUAGGAAAAAAAAUAUAUUCUGUAUGAAAAUGCUGUUUGCACAUUGUAUUACACUGUAUUCCAUGUAAGAUAUCAUUCAAAACGUAUGUUAUAUGUAAGACUGGUGCUUCUGCUUUUGAAGAGAAAAAAAAAUGCCAAUUUUUACUGUAAUAAGUAUUGUAUCAUAAUUAAAAGUUUAUUUAUUUGGAUAUUUUCCUGACAUAAUUGUAGUUGAGUUGUUGUUUUGUAGUUCUUGAAUGUCUUGAAUGAUAUAUAUGUAUCUAGGUUAAAAGUGAUGAAAAUAAUAUAGAGAUUUUUGAUCACUGAUAUUCUUUCUUACUGAUGAUAUCCCAUGAAGGUUAAGGGCUCCAUUCUUAGUUCAGCAUAUCUGAUAGGAAGUAGUACUAAGCAUAAAACAUAGAAACAAAUCAUUCAAGGAAGCCUGCAUCUUCUUCUCACAUGAUUAUUGUACACCCUGAUAUUAUGCUAGGAGAA